GGGUAGUGGAUGGAACGGCGGUCGUGGGGCAUAUGAGAGUGCACAACUCCCCCUCCCCCUCAUUUGUGUUCUUGCAUGAGCAGCAACACAAGCGCUGGCAAAGAUGCAGCUUUUGCAUGUCAAAUUCCUAGAGGAUUGUCGUGCUGCUUAGGAUCUCGGAAUCUGUCAUGCAAGCAGUGCUAACAGGCAAAGUGUGGAUUUGGAAAUUUGCAUCACAAAUGAGGGCGAGGGGGGGUUGUGCACUUUCAUACGGCAACUGGUACUUCUAUUAGUAGGCCUACCGCGGAGGCGGUCGAAAUAAAGCAUCGUAGAUCUCCUCGUCCUCCUGCUGUCCCGCCGUCUGCGCAGGAUGAACAAAUGAGUAGUGCCAAAAGUCGCGGUCUUCUCCCCGAAGAACAUGUUCUUGACGAGGAGCCACUUCCCGCUGCCGUGACGGACGCAGCUCUGGUCUUAACGGAGUACCUGGCGAGCAGGGCCAGGUCGUCCCCACGCGAGGAUAUUGCCGGCCGCAAGAGUGAACGAAGUCUACGAUCCUCGCCAAGAAAUGAUGGACAAGCAGACGAUAGUACUACCAGGGGCGUUCGUGAAGAUUUUUACCACGGUCCUCGCCACAGGGAUAAUGAAGAUGAACAAGUAGCUGAUCGCAACAACUUCUACAGUCGGUCUCCGCACGACAAUCCUGAUGGCAGUCGACCUGCCUCGCAGCGCGAGGUUGUGCGUGACGCUUGUCUUGAGCUCAUCGCCCGGAAAAUUGCACUAGAUUUGGAACUAUGGAUUGCAAAAGCAUCGCACUCUAGUAGUAAUUCUUGCAAUACAAACUUCUAGCGCAGCAUCUUCAUGAUGAUUGAACAAGAGCGGUGGAAUCAUCUGUGAUGCCGAUCUAGCUUGGAAAAAACAUUUGUCAUGCAUCAUAUCAUUGCGACUACUACGAGUGCGAUACGGUACUUUUGCACUGCAUAAGCCCGGGAGGACUUCGUUCCAGCCUCUUCCGCAAAUAACAGAAGCCUGCGACCGUCCCCACGCGAUCAUGUUAGUGAUCACGACGUUCUUGGACCACCACGGGCUUCGCGGUCAGGAAGAAAUGAAGACGGGUACUAUUAUAAAAAGCGUACACGAGGAGGACGUGGCGGGGGUGGGCGACGUAGCAAGUCUCCUACUUCCACCGCACUGGUCGAGGAUCAGAAUAUUAACAAUUCUUCCCGUGGAGGUCCAAAUGCAGGUCGCCCUUCCCCCCGUGCUGGGGCCGAUAAGGAACUGCACCCGCUUCGUCCUGGAGCUGGAGCUGGGAGUAGUAGCUCAUCCUCUUCUUCUUCGUCUUUCCAGCGUCAGCAGUUGCGACACGAGUUUUUACAACAGCCAAGAUCUUCGCCCCGUGAUGAUGAACUAGAAAGGCGUCGCGCUGCCUAUGACCUGCUCAGAGGCUGUUCCAAUCUCAAAAAAUUUGUAUUGCAGAAAGCGGAGCGGUUUGUGUGUCUCGUCUCAUGCAGAUCAUGCAAGAAGUAGAAGACAAAAACAAAAUGCAGACUUUAUUGCAACGUUUGAGAUUGUUCUAACACCUGAGAAACUUAUACUGUCGAGCUUGAUGACUUCUUGAACGCACACGAUGAAUACAGCCUCUAUCCCACGAAAAAACUGUUUCACUGUGAUGCUUUUGCAAGAUCUGCAUCACAAGUUUGUUACACAUGAGGACACAGAAAAUCUGCCAUGCGCGCUUCCCAAAGGAGAGUGCUUCUAAAAGUCCAAUGUCUUGCGGGUGUAGCAAGACAAAUACUCCUGCGUUCCAUUCUAUGCAUCACAAGUUCACAGUGAAACAGUUUUUUCUUGUGACAGCCUCCAACCGGUCUCCAAUCCUCCGCCGUUCCCAGAAAUAAACCGGAAAAACCGGCUAUCCUGUGCAAAAGUAUCGUACUCGUAUUGCAAUCAUGCAUUACAAAUCUUUCUCUUGAGGUAAAUCCGCAUUACAAAUUUCCUCUCUCAUGCUGAGGAAAUUUGUAAUGCAUUUAUACGAGUACGAUACUUUUGCAGUUCAUACCGGCUAUCAAAAUGAAGAAUCCCUGCACCCCAUACUCAAACUGGAAAUUUGUGAUGCUGAUUUGUGACCGCGAGUCGUGUUGUCAUGCUAAUAGAUGUAGACGCUGUAGGUCUGGCUGGCGUGGGAAAGCCUUGCAUGUUCAGCAUGACAGGAGGCAGCUGGAAGUGGGAAACAGCAUGACAAAUUGCUUACAAACAACGCCGCAACUGCGUCUCUUGCUCUUGUAGCAAUACAAACGGCACGCGUUUCUUUGUGUACGGCGCAGAUCCAGCAUUACAAAUUAGAUAGCGAAUGAUGAAAAAUUUGCGAGCCAAUAAAAAAAAUCCAGCAUUACAAAUUUCCUGUCCGAUAAUCCGGGGAGGUGGGAUUCAUUUUUCCUUUCAAUACCGGCCCCCACCGCCCCCACCACCGGGAACAGGGAUGAAAGGCUACAAAAGUCGCCCGAGCUACAUCGGUUCUCUCGCUCUGGAAAACGAUAAAGCUCCUGUGGGUAGCACAACCACGACGGCGAAAGGUGGAUACAAAGGCAGCGCUACUUCAUCUACUUCCCGGGCUGCACCAGCUGGUACCCACCUCAGCCCCUUGGCGGAAGACGUUUCUACCAGCGGACCUCCACGCGGUAAAGGCUACAAAUCCCGACCGUCCUACAUCGGAUCUGCGGCCCUUCUUGCUAGCGUCGAGGGUAGUGGUAGCAGCUGGAAUAUCAAAUGUAAAAGUGUCUGGGUCUGGAAACUUGUGAUGCUGGGUGGCGUCUCAUGAUGACGCCACAAGUGCUGGCUCAGCAUGACAAGUUUCUGAGCUUCUAGGUGUUGCCUAUUCUGCAUGACAAACUGCGCUUCUGCAUCACCGAAAAAUAGGGCUCUUGGGUAACAUGCAUGACAGACUAAGGGGUCAUGCUGGCAGAGCAUGACAGACCGUCCAUUCUUCCAGACCCAGGCAUUUUUACAUUUGAUAUGGAACACCCCAGCCAGAGGCUCGCCGCGGGAUGAUAACUUAGUGAAUGACCCGCCCUCGUCGUCGUCGUACACGACUGGCCGCUAUUCCCCGACGAACAAUAAUAUUAAAGGGGCGAACAACAGAAGCACGAAAGGUUCAUCUGCUCGCACGAGUGCCACGACCUACAACACCGCUGCCAGAUCUCCGGGAGGAGCAGCCUAUAAAGAUUUCGAUGCAGUAGAUAAAAACUCUUCUUCUUCGAGAACUAUGCAGUCCUCGUCCAAGGACAGCCACUACUCGUCGGCGCCUUCGUCCUCCCCAGGCGGGCAUCAAACAAGCCACGAUAAUUUGUACAGCCAUUUCAAUAGGGAAAAAACCAGCAAAAUGACGAGUUCAUUGGAAGACGUACACCACGAAAGAAGCAGCUUCAACACCACGUCGACACCUUCAGCGCAAAACAGUCGGAGCAACACAAAGGAGAGUGGGCUCUUUCAUGUGCCGGUAUGGAUUGCAAAAAUGUCUGGGUCUGGAAGAGUGUAAGCUUGUCAUGGAGGUUUUCGAUGACCCAUGAGGUCUGGAAUGCGGGACCUAGCAUGACAGAGUCUGUGAGGUCUCUGCCAUGCUAUCCUGCAUGAGAAACUGCCCUCCAACUUGGUCGAAAGUCGACAGCUUUUGGCAUUCAUGCAGCACAGAUUUUUGCAUUAUUCGGAUUUAGCAUGACGAGUUGUAAUCUUCCAGACCCAGACUCAGACAUUUUUGCACUCCAUAGCCGGCCGGGCGGAACGACUACGACAGCAAGAGGAGCGGCCGCGGCAACGACGAGCAGGAAAAAUACAACCGCAACUCCGCCUACCAGCAUGAGGAUUCAAGAAUUUAUUUAUCCGCAUCCCCCGCCUCCAAGAACGUGUACCAAAAAACCAGCAGCAAGGAGAGCAAUUCGUCGAGCAGUGCUUUUGGUAAAAAAUCUCUCGUCCAUCCGCACAGCGCCAGCGGAGGUUUAAUUCCACGUGCAGCACGAGGGCCUAGUGAGAUGAAGAACUCAAGGCAUGAUGUUCAUCGCGCGACCACGUCGUCGAGUAGUAAAAACAAAAAUAACCGGGCAACUUCCAGGGACAGUGUAUUGCAGGCACUGAACCUGCAGCCGGCCUCCAAAGGGUUCGAUGCGGAUAAUAUCGUGAGGAAAAAUCCCCCCUUUCCAUACCGCAAAGGGAUACUUCUGAAAAUUUGCGAUGCUGAUUUGUGGCCACAAAUCGUCUCGGUAUUGCAAGAAGGCCAAGCCAGAGACUCCGCCGCAUUAUGCAGGCGGUUUCUGAUGCUAUGGGGCCUACAGAGUUGUACACAUUUUCCAUGCUACGCGCCUACGUCAAAACCCUUCUACUUAGGCCCAGGCAUGGACCUGCAGUCCUCUACUGCAAUACAGACCUGAUUCGUGUAAGUACCCGAAUCCAGCAUCAGCAACUUCCUUUUGAUAUGGGGAAGGGGGGUUUUUCCUUGUGAUAGGUAAUUUCUGGAGUCCGACGCUGGACGGGAUGACGUUACAAAAUCAUCCACGACCUCUAUCCUGUGCAAAAGUAUCGUAUUCGUAGUAAUCGCAAACAUGCAUUACAAAUCUUGCUCUUAAGGUAAACCUGCAUUACAAAUUUUAUUUCUCAUGCUGAGGAAAUUUGUGAUGCAAUAGCAAUUCAUACUAGUACGAUGCUUUUGCAGUUCAUAACCUCCACCUCUAGCUGAUAUCAACAGAGACAUGAAUAAAGCUCCAAAGACCUCCUCCUCCUCUGACUUUGUGGACGAGCAGCUGCAGAUAGAUCAUGCACAGCCGACGGACACAAAAAUGAAAAUCGUCCACGGGGACCACCACGAGGAGCAGGCUCCGGGUCAACAAGAAGAGGGAGAUGCCUACACCUCCGACGGGGACCACACGGGUUCCUCGUCAGAAGAAAGCGAAGAAAUUUUCGACGCGAAAGAGGCACGAUAUCCUGUUUAAAAACGCCCUACCCCGCCGUCAAGAUGGAAAUUCUGCAACACAAAUCCAGACGUUUUGGGAGUCACGCAUGACAGGUUGCACUGUGUAGGGCAGUGCAGGUUAGUAGGGACAGCCGCAUUACAAAUCCAUCUAAUCAUCCUACUCACAGCAUCACAAAUUCCAAAACACGACUGAAAAUGCUUGUCAUGAAGAUGCGCAUCAAAAAUAUUCCUGCCAUUGCAAAUCUGCAUGACGACUCUGGACUGGGGACGUUUUUCCACAGGAUACACGGAGGAAACACGAGGCCUGGUUUGACGAGUGCAUGAAAAGGUUUGCGGUGAAAACCGUGCUCCCGCAUAUCAGCCAGACGAAUGCUUCCUCGACUGGGGCCACUCCAUAUCCACCGAGUGCACAAUUCCCCCUCCCCCUCAUUUGUAAAUGCAAAAUAACAAAUCGAAUCCACACCAUACGUUGAAGCACUGUCUGCAUGACAAAUUUUCGAACCUGAAACAGUACUACAACUGAUGUGCAGAGUUGACAUGCGGAAGGCCCAUUGCUGUAUCUGUCGAACGUUGCUUAUGUUGCCGCCUAUGCAUAAUACAAAUGAGGGGAACUACGAGGGGGAGCUAUGUGCAUUGUCAUACCCCAGUCGCGUCGUCCUCGAGUGGUGCAGCGUCUUCGGGAAAUACGAAAUGGAACAAACCGAAGCUGCCGAAGAAGGAAGACUAUGCAAUGCAAAAGCAUCUUACUAAGUAGUAUAAUUAAAUUGCAUCACAAAUUAGCCCAGCACUACAAACUUAUAUUUGUAUUGCGGAUUUACCUUGAAAAAGGUAAAGGGAUUUGUAUUGCAUGAAUGCAAUUACUACGAGUACGAUACUUUUGCACAGGAUAAAGACGUCCUCUCGACGAUACAGGAAUCGCUUACGCAUCUGUCAAGGAACCGGUGAAACAAGCAGUGGUUGUAUGUUGCAGAUCUUUUUCAAGUGGAAUUCGAGAGAAUUUCAAUUUUUCCGAAAUGAUACACACGCUGGUAUUUUUCGACUAUCACAAUUCGAACACUUCUGCAUGCAUUCUCGUCCUGCGCCGAAAAGAACGACCACACUCCUAGUUGAGAAAAGAGGGGCGACGGUUUGAAACACUUGCUACUGCACGCACCCAAAAUACAACGAAAAAUAUUUGACUUUAUUUUUGUGAAGAAC